AUGUCUAGAAACUGUCCUGUUCCUGAAGUUUCAAAACUUACAAAAUUUGUAACUUGUGUCAUCCAUAACCAGAAAAGCAGCAUGAAGUACUGUUUUAGCUUCUCAGUUCUUUCCAAUGCAACUGAAAUUAAAGAGGCUGAUCAGUUCUUUCCAAUGCAACUGAAAUUCAUCAAAAUAAACAGAGAUUCUUUGGCCAAUUGCACUAAUCAACUCAGUGAAGUACUGACCGUAGCUACCAUGGAUGAUCAUCGUGAUAAUGAAAUACAGGGAAUUGAUGGAGCUAGUCAUCCUACGGGGGAAUCACAAGGUACCAACACUAGUAAAAAGACCAAAUUCCGUGGUCCGUCAAAAGGAGUUCAAGCCAAAAAGCCUAUGCAUCUUCAGUAUAAUCAAUAUGGAAUCCCCGAUGGAGAAUGGUCAGGAGAAUACGGGAAGCAAGUUGGGUCUUGUGCUGCUAGAAUUAACAUUAAUGUGAAAGAAUAUUCAACGUUAGAUGAACACACAAAGAAGGGGUUUUGGGAGGAGACCAAGCUUCUGUUCCACAUUAUUGAUGAUCCGGCUAAAAGGAGAGAAAAAUAUUUUCAUAUGUGUGUGGCGAAACGCUUUGGAGCUUUCAAGUCCAGGUUAACGCGGCGUUGGAUAACUAAGAAAGAAAAAAUGCCGAAACAUCAGACAAAUGACAUGCCUUGGGACAUCUACCAUCAAAUCACAGAGGAUGAUUGGAAAACAUUUGUGAUGGAACGAAACAAGCCGGAGAUGUUGGUAAUAAUGAAUUUACUUUGCUAG